GUGAAUUAAAAUCUGUCAUAUUUUCAGCUGUUCAUUAUCAUUAUUUGUUCUAGAACUGAUUUCAGCGUUAAUAACAUAAUACAGAGUACAAAGGAAUUUAUUUGAACUUAUGUUGAGAAAGCAUUAAAUAAUUUGCAAACCACAUUAAUAAUGUUCAAAUUCUCCCACUGCAAUUUUGGAAAUGUAACUGUGAAACUUUUUAACUGUCUCAUAGUGAUAUUUAUGUAAUGUUUUAUCUAUCACAUCAUUGUCUCAUGAGUCAUGAUGAACAUGAUUAUGACAAGCACUGAGAAAUCAUAC